AGGGUAACAUUUUGACUUCCAGGCCUCUGCAAAUGAGUGAGCAGGGCGUGCAGUCCGCAUUGCAGUGGGAAAGUUUUUCUGUCUUUAUACAGCCUGGGCAUACAAACACGAAUUAGAAGAUAAGACGGUGCCAGAGAUUCAGCAUAUUAACUUGGGCAAUGCUGUUUUGACAUUAAAGGCUCCAGCAAUUUGUGACCUUGUACAUUUUGACUUUUUGGAUCCUCCACCUCCUGAGACACUGGAUGUUCUGCUUUAUGGCAAUUGUUGGCAUUAGAGCAGUUACAUGCACUUGGGCCACUCAACCAUCAUGAAGAACUAACAAAACUGGGCCGUCAAAUGGCUGAAUUUCCCGUUGAUCCCAUGAUGGCAAAAAUGAUCCUUGCAUCAGAAAAGUAUAAGUGCUCAGAAGAGUUUCUGACUAUUGCUGCAGUGCUUCCUGUAAAUUGUGCCAUUUUCUACGGACCCAAGGACAAGACAGUCCAUGCUGAUGCUGCACAACAUAGCCUCUUUACACGAGGUGGUGAUCAUCUCAUGCUGCUGAAUAUUGACACACAGUGGUGUUAUGCGAAUUUCUUACAGCAUCACUCUCUGAAAUGUGGACGUGACUUCCGUGAUCAGUUGGUGGGGCUCAUGGCACAUGUUGAUAUAGAUCUCGUUUCAGGAGCAGGUGACACUGCUGGAAUCAGGAAGGUAACCCACAGUGAGAUCUAAUAGUACAUAUAGAUAGGAGCCGCAUGUUUCUGCAUUCAGACGUUCAGUUUCAUUAGUCUCAGUAUGCAACAAGCUGUGAAUCUAAGUAAUGUAAGCACAGUGUAACAGUUUCGGUGCAUUUUCUCCCUUUUAUUCCAUUCUUUUGAAAAAUGUAAGUUAAGAAAAAGCAAACUGGGUAUGAAAUAUGUUCCAUUUUUCUCUGCAGCUCUUGUUCCAAACGUCUUGUUCUCUGAAAUUUUGAGCGAGCUACAAUGAAGAUCUGUGCAGAAAUGUAUGUAGGCUUUCAUGUAGUGUGUCCAAUGUCACUGUCUGAUUUUAACCAAAAUUGGAAUGUCAACAAAUCUUAGUAAAGCUCCUCAGUAUGAAAUGUCAUGAAAAUCAGUUCAGCAGUUCUGCAGCAAGUUCCUGUAUUUAUCCAUAUGACAGAAAGAUGUAGAUGACAAAGCAAAUGGUAACACUGUGAAUAUGGCGGCCUCCGUAGUCUAGGGGUAACGUUCCCACCUCAUGACUCAAGGUACGCGGGUUCAAACCCAGCGGA